UCGCUCUGCGUGUGGAGGAAAUACUCUGGGAAGGGAGGAGAGUUUGGGCCCGUUCUCCCCCAAGGGGCAAGGUGCUGAGGGAUCGGCCAGGGCCCAUCCCGUGGCCGCUUGCUGUGGGAGGGUGGCGGCUGGCUCUUGCAGUUGUCUGACUGCUCGAGCGGUCUUAGCCAUUAGCCAGGAGACUCCGCUUUCAAGCUUGUUCAGGCUGUUGGCCGAAUCUGUGUUUCUUGGGUUUGGUCCUCAGGAGUGCUGGCUGCCGGCCUGAGUGGCCCUUAGCUCUCCGAGGUCCUUCCACGUGGCCCUCAGAUCCUUCUCAGGCUUUUAAGGGCUCAUUUGAUUAGAUUGGGUCCACCAGGGUAAUUCACGUCCAUAACCUUAAUUCCCUCUGCAAAGUCCCUUUUGGUAUGUAGUGUAACAUAAGCACAAGUUCCAGGGAUUAGGAUAUGGACCUGGGGGAGAGGGGGGCGUUUAUUCUGUGUCCCGGUAAGCAAGAUCCCACGCAUAAUGAAGUGAGAAAAAUAAGGUGUGAAGUAAUAGCAUAGUUGGGUGUAGUUUAUCAUUAAAAGGCAAACGUAUGUUUGUAUAUUUGCUGUGUAAACCUAGAUUAAUCUGGAACGCUACACUAGAAACAAGGGAAACUGAGUGGAUCUUUGGGGGAUUUUUCACUAUAAAUUCUUUUUACCUUUUAAAUUUUGAGGUGACUAUGCCCCUAUUCAGAAAAAAAUGAGACUUUAAAGUAUUUUUAAAUAAAAUGAACUAAAUAAAUAUUGCAGAAUAUUACGUCUCCCUUUGGAUUGGGAGAGGUUUCCCUCGAGAAAACUGGGCAUAGGCACUGUAAGGGCAGGCAGAUGCAGUCGCUGAGGGCCUUGUCACACCCAUCGCCUAUGUCUCCUCUGUUUCUGCUGCCGCAUGGUAGGCACCUUAGUGCUGUAACUGCUUUGAAUCUCAUCUCCCACCAUUCCUCUGAGCACCCUGCCAAGUUAAUCUUGAGGUGUUAGUUUUGUCUCUCCUGACAUGGAAAUGUGGCCAGUGCUUCACCUUCAUCUGGCAGCCAAGCUCCCUUAUCGUCUGUCCGUAGUGACCAUCCCUGUGAGCUCUGUUGGUAUCUCCUUGCCUUCUCCCACAAGUUUUUUCCCUACACUUGUCCUCUGACCUUUUCACCCAGACCGCUAGUUGUGCAUUUCUCCUUGAUGGUGAUCUGAGUCCAGGAGCAUCACCCAGCCCUUCUUUCUUCCCCACAUAGCUUAUGGGUGACACCUACCAUCACCUUGACUCCCUGCACCAUCCUCCUGCCUCCUUUCUUCACAUCCCCUUUGCAGAUCCCCUUGAUCACACCCUCACUCUCAGCUGGUGCUCAUAAAGAACAGAGGAGUCAGUGUCAGUACUUGUGAGUGAAGGGCUGAGGUGUGUCAGUGCUCCCAGUGGGCACCCGGGCAGGGUAUGAUGAGGGGGUAGGGAGAUUCAGUAAUCUGGUCCAUGUGAGGAGCCCAUCAUGCCUCCACAUGGGAGUGUCCUAUUUUCUGCUCACGGAGAGUAGUUAGGACUGGAGAUGAGCCCAAGUUUGUGAGUCAUUAUUAACAAGGAUGUUGAUGUCUCAAGACUGGACGUAAUCACCAAGGAGGUCCUAGUCAUGCCCAGCCUCAGAACUCGCCGUGAGGAGGCAGAAAUGGAGCUCUCAGCUCCAAGACCAUCCCCUUGGACCCCUGCAGCCCAGGCCCCUGUGAGUGAUGCUUCUGCUGUGACCCACCCUGGAUCUGCAGCCUGUGGUCCCCCCUGCUGUAGUGAUACUGAGCUGGAAGCCAUCUGCCCUCACUAUCAGCAGCCAGGUAUGAAGAGGGGAGAGGGAGAUGCUGAAGCCUUUUCUGGCAGACACGGAGCUGUGUGUGCAUUUCUGUCUGCAGAACGAGGAUGCACAUUGUUACUGGGCCAGAAGUCAUCCAGCAAACACCAGUCAGAAUUGCAAGUUUUCAGAGAUUGUGACACCAGGACUGAAGACAAGGAGUUUUUUCACAAGGAAGACAUUCAUGAAGAUAUGGAAUCACAGGCAGAAAUAUCAGAAAACUGUGCUGGUGAUGUUUCCCAGGUGCCCGAGCUUGGAGAUCUGUGUGAUGAUGCAUCAGAAAGAGACUGGGGAGUCUCUGAAGGCAGGAGGCUGCCACAGUCCCUCUCCCAGGAGGGGGACUUCACACCAGCGGCCCUGGGGCUCCUUAGGGGCGCCUUAGAGGAGAAAGAUCUGGCCUGUAAUGGUUUUGACAGUUGCUUCCGUCUGAGCCCAAACCUGAUGGCAUGUCAGGAAAUCCCUACAGAAGAGAGGCCACAUCCAUAUGACAUGGAUGGCCAAAGUUUCCAGCACUGCGUGGACCUAACUGGUCACGAGGGGGUUCCCACAGCUGAAAGUCCACUCAUAUGUAAUGAGUGUGGGAAAACCUUCCAAGGAAAUCCUGACCUUAUUCAGCAUCAAAUAUUCCACAUUGGAGAGGCUUCCUUUAUGUGCGAUGGUUGUGGGAAAACCUUCAGCCAGCACUCAGUUCUUAAGAGCUGUCAUCCAUCUCAUAUGAGUGAGAAAGCCUGCCAGUGCAGCGAAUGUGGGAAAGCCUUCCGAGGGUGCUCAGACUUUUCUAGGCAUCAGAGUCAACACAGCAGUGAGAGGCCUUAUAUGUGUAAUGAGUGUGGAAAAGCCUUCAGCCAGAACUCCAGCCUUAAAAAGCACCAAAAGUCUCACAUGAGUGAGAAGCCCUAUGAAUGCAAUGAAUGUGGGAAGGCUUUUAGGCGGAGCUCAAACCUCAUCCAACAUCAAAGAAUCCAUUCUGGGGAGAAGCCAUAUGUGUGCAGUGAGUGUGGGAAGGCUUUCAGGCGAAGUUCAAACCUCAUCAAACACCACAGGACUCACACAGGAGAGAAGCCUUUUGAGUGUGGCGAGUGUGGGAAAGCCUUCAGUCAGAGCGCACACCUGAGGAAGCACCAGAGGGUCCACACUGGAGAGAAGCCUUACGAGUGUAAUGAUUGUGGCAAGCCCUUCAGUCGGGUCUCCAACCUCAUUAAGCACCACAGGGUUCACACUGGAGAGAAACCCUAUAAGUGCAGCGACUGCGGGAAAGCAUUUAGUCAGAGCUCCAGCCUUAUUCAGCAUCGGAGAAUUCACACUGGAGAAAAGCCUCACGUGUGUACCGUGUGCGGAAAAGCCUUUAGUUACAGCUCAGUGCUCCGAAAGCACCAGAUCAUCCACACAGGAGAGAAGCCGUACAGAUGCAGUGUCUGUGGGAAGGCCUUCAGCCACAGCUCAGCCCUCAUUCAACACCAGGGCGUGCACACAGGUGACAAGCCCUAUGAGUGCCACGAGUGUGGGAAGACCUUUGGUCGCAGCUCCAACCUCAUCCUUCACCAGCGAGUCCACACUGGAGAGAAGCCCUAUGAAUGUACUGAAUGUGGAAAAACCUUCAGCCAGAGCUCAACCCUCAUUCAGCAUCAGAGGAUUCAUAAUGGGCUGAAGCCCCAUGAGUGUAGCCAGUGUGGCAAAGCCUUCAACCGAAGCUCCAAUCUCAUUCACCACCAGAAAGUUCAUACUGGGGAAAAACCCUACACCUGCGUUGAAUGCGGUAAGGGCUUCAGCCAGAGUUCACACCUCAUUCAGCAUCAGAUAAUCCACACUGGCGAGCGCCCCUACAAAUGCAGUGAGUGUGGGAAAGCCUUCAGCCAGCGUUCCGUCCUCAUCCAGCACCAGAGGAUUCACACUGGGGUGAAGCCCUACGACUGCGCUGCUUGUGGGAAAGCCUUCAGCCAGCGAUCAAAGUUGAUCAAACACCAGUUGAUUCACACCAGGGAGUAGCCUGUUGGGCUGGCAGGAGUGAAAUUGAGCAUAGUUUCCUCUCCAGCUCCUCUUUGGCCGUUGUCUCAGCCUCUGCCACUUCCCAGACCAAACGCCUGCAUUCAGCGCACUGCCCCACAUCCAGUGGCCACAUGGCCUGGGACCCUCCUUGGAAACAUCCUUUACGGGCUCCCUUCUCACUGCCACUGCUCUUGCCUCUUGUGAUGUCUUGAGUUUGGGUUUGUUUUUACAGCUUGUGAACAGACUGCACGUUUGUUACAAGGGAGAUUAUGGAGGCUGCAUAUUCAUGAAUAGAGUUUAUGAUUGUAAUCAAAAGUUACCAAAAAAGUAAAGUGACAUUUGGUUUGAGAUAACCAUAGUAGUUUUUUUGAUUGGUAA